AUCCAACGAGUGAACUACUCACCUUUUUGAAGCAUCAUACUCCGUUCCACUUGCACUCCUCAAAACUGUCUUUUUUUUCUCUGCACCUGUCCAUCCUCUACCCAUUCCAACAAGACCGAGUUACAGUCUCCCACCCGCUUUCUUGUAUGGAGGCAUCAAGUCUUCCUUGUUGAUACGUUGUCAUGGCGCCUGACAUAAGGAACGCAUGCAACAAAGCUGCCUCUUUCUUCUGACUGGAAAAGGGCCAGCUAUCAAUCAGAAGGGAGGCAAUGCAAUGAAGAAACCCAUCGAUGAUGUGACGUCCUGACUCUCCAUUCAGCUAUUCUCUCCCUCUCUCUCUCUCUCUCUCUCUCUCUCUCUCUCUGUGCAAGCCUUCUAACCCAUCGUCUUGUUAAAAGACUCCUCCUACCUGUUCUUCAUAGCCUGUGAGUUCAAUGCAAGGAAAAAUGGGUAAAGAUUUGGUCUUUUGGAUGAUGUUCUUCUGGUCCUGGGCUGCAGCGACCGCGGUGCUCUCCCCUAAAGGUGUCAACUACGAAGUGCAAGCUCUAAUGGGCAUCAAAGCUUCUCUUGUGGAUCCUCAUAGUGUUCUUGAGAACUGGGACAAGGACUCUGUUGAUCCAUGCAGCUGGACUAUGAUCACAUGCUCAUCUGAGAACCUGGUCGUCGGGCUAGGCACUCCGGGCCAGGAUCUAUCCGGUACACUUUCUCCAAGCAUAGGAAACCUGACAAAUCUCGAAAUCGUGCUGCUGCAGAACAACAACAUAUCAGGACCGGUACCUCCAGAAAUCGGGAAGCUGUCCAAGCUUCACACCCUCGAUCUCUCUAACAACAAAUUCUCUGGUCGGAUCCCUGCUUCGUUGAGCAACUUGAAAGGCCUCCAGUACCUGAGGCUCAACAACAACAGUCUUUCCGGGUCAUUUCCUCUGCCGUUGAUCGACAUCACUCCGCUCAUUUUCAUGGACCUAUCGUACAAUAAUUUGAGUGGCCCUAUCCCAAAGUCUCCACCGAAAGCAUUCAACAUUGUUGGAAAUCCUUUGAUAUGCCCAACUGACUUGGAGCACCAAUGCUAUGGGAUGAUGCCUAUGCCAAGUACCUUCAAUAUAAAUGAUACUCAGGGUGCUCCAAUGUCUCGAAGGCCCAAAAGACACAAACUAGCUCUCGCCCUUGCAUCCAGCCUCGGAAGCAUAUGUCUCCUUGGUCUUGUGGUUGGGCUGUUUAUAUGGUGCAGUCGAAGGCACAACCAACAAAUUUUCUUUGAUGUCAAUGACCAACAUAAGGAAGAAGUCUGCCUCGGUAACCUGAGAAGAUUCCAGUUCAGGGAGCUUCAGGUUGCUACAAACAACUUUAGCAGUAAAAACCUGCUUGGCAAAGGUGGCUUUGGAAAUGUCUACAAGGGUCAGCUACAAGAUGGAACCUUGGUAGCUGUUAAAAGACUGAAGGAUGGGAAUGUAGCGGGCGGAGAGAUCCAGUUCAAAACUGAAGUUGAAAUGAUAAGCUUAGCUCUGCACAGACACCUUCUUAGGCUGUGUGGAUUCUGCAUGACUGCGACAGAAAGGCUUCUGGUUUACCCAUACAUGUCAAAUGGAAGUGUUGCUUCUCGACUCAGAGAAAUACCAGCAUUAGAUUGGAGUACCAGGAAAAGAAUAGCCUUGGGAGCUGCAAGGGGAUUACUGUACCUACAUGAACAGUGUGAUCCCAAGAUCAUUCACAGAGAUGUAAAGGCCGCUAACAUAUUGCUGGAUGACUACUGUGAGGCUGUUGUAGGAGACUUUGGGCUAGCAAAACUUCUAGAUCACAGGGAUACACAUGUGACUACUGCUGUGAGGGGAACCGUGGGACAUAUAGCUCCCGAGUAUCUCUCAACGGGGCAGUCUUCCGAUAAAACUGAUGUUUUCGGAUUCGGAAUUCUUCUUCUCGAACUGAUUACUGGCUUGAGAGCUCUGGAAUAUGGAAAAGCGGCAAAACAGAAGGGUGCCAUGCUUGACUGGGUGAGGAAGAUGCACCAAGAAAAGAAGCUCGAUGUGCUUGUCGACAAGGACCUGAAGAACUACGACAGGAUAGAGCUGGAAGAGAUGGUCCAAGUUGCGCUCUUGUGCACUCAGUAUGUCCCGGGACACAGGCCCAAAAUGUCUGAGGUGGUUCGCAUGCUUGAAGGUGAUGGCCUUGCGGAGAGAUGGGAAGCGUCUCAGAGGACAGAGGUUCAUAAGUUUAGGGUGCCUGAGUUCUCCUCGGAACGAUACUCUGAUCUCACUGAUGACUCGUUGCUGGUGGAAGCGAUGGAGCUCUCGGGACCAAGGUGACCGAAUUAUGAAGAAGAUCAAAUAUCUUUAGCUUGGUAUAUGAGGAAUUUGUACAGUAUAUAUAUAUAUAUAGAGAGAGAGAGAGAGAGAGCUGAUUAAUUUGUGAUGGGUGUAUUGGUUCUUGGCUGAGUUCUAAACGUGUGUAUCAAAGUGAUUUAAUUCAAUCAUGAAAUGGAAAGUGCUAAACGUA